AUGGACCAAUCCCGCGUUGGGCUGUGUCUCUCCCUCUCCACUGUGCCUGUAUUGUGUGUCUGCGUUGACGCUGCUCUCGGCGAGAAGGACGUCCUGCAGACAGAUCGACAGGGUGCCACAGCAACGCCAACCAGCCAACCAGCCUCUGUCUCACCUUGCAUGUGUGUGAGUGUUGGCAUUCAAGGCGUUGGACACAGCCUCGCCCCCUCCCCUUCGGCGUUGGGGUGUCCGACGGCUGCGCAACACGGCGACUGCGUUGCCGAGACGAACCCGAUCGACUGGCCCCGGCUGCGCAGUUGCCUCUCCUCUUCAGCUACUUGCUCAAAACGCUCUCUCGACUGA